AUGAGCGAUCAACGUGACGAGCCAUCGUUGGAAUUUGACAUUGAUGCCAUUCUCGCCAGUAACCCAAAUCCGCUACCACAACGAGUAUCAGUCCCGCAGCAGCAACAACAACAACAGCAGCUGCAACUGCAGCAACAGCAACAACAGCAGCGGGCUGAAAGAGCCGUACCUCCUCCGGAUUAUCUCAUUAAUGCAGAAAACUGGGAUGAUCAACGCACCAUUAGUACUCUUGGUCGAGAUCAGAGCUUAAUGACACGUGACGAUCCACCCAUUGCCAUGUUUCGGCCAUCCUUUGAUCCCGAUCGAUUUGCAGACGAAGAAGCACCUAGUCUUCCCAAAUACAGCUACAAACAGAGGUUAAACAACAAAUCUGGCGAGGUCAUGCGGCAGCUGCACGGAGGGAAAAAUAACAACACUCCUGCCAGCCUAAGCAACAGCAGUGGUGGUGCUUCCAAUCGUACCGUCUCCUAUCGUGACUUGUACAUCGUGGUGAUUGUCAUGUCACUGCUGCUACUGGCAAUCAUUACAGGGUUGGCCAUUUGGUUGAUUGCCCUCAAGACCAAUGAUACUCUAGCAGUCGGUGUUGAUGGAUCCUCGAUCGAAGAAGAGUCUUCGGUUUGGGGGGAACCUUCUCUCAGUCCAACGCGAAUCCCUACCCGAUUCGAUGUUGUGGCCACCAAGCUGCCAACUACAAUGGCACCCACCAUUAGACCAGGAAAUGGCAUUACAGAACCAUCGCCCACAAUGACACCUACACGCAAAGUAGCAACACUAACACCGACUGCUGCACCCACCAAACAAACGCCAUCGCCGACUCCACGAAUCACUCUUACACCCACAGGACGGCCUACUGCACGCCCCACUCCAGUACCCACACCGGUUCCCACUCCAGCACCCACACCGGUUCCCACAGCCCCACCAACUCCAAAUGUGGUUCCGACCUUUCCUCCCACACCCGAAAGUAUCUCUGUCCAACGGGCUCGCACCAAGUUUCUUCAAGUGUUGGAAGCCGAAUCGCCCUUGUCCGCCGUGACCACGUUGUCACGAUCCGAUACGCCCCAAUAUCAAGCCUUGGACUGGCUGAUUCGGGAUCCCAACUUUGAUUCGUACAACAGCGCAAGACUCUUGCAACGAUGGACCUUGGCAACCUUUGCCUUGGGCCUAAAAGAUGCCGAUUGGGAAAACGCGAAUUUGGCCAUUGGACGAAGUGGCCAGCCAACUCAAUUGGCGUUGCCGGAAGCUCUGUCGUCUUCGUGGGUUCAAUACACGAACGAAUGUACUUGGUUCUUUACCCAACAAGGGAACGACGCCUUGUGCAAUGACCAAGGACUUUACCAACGAAUUGACUUGAGGUCACAGAAUCUAGCAGGUACCAUUCCAACUGAACUUGCCUUGCUGUCGAAUCAUUUGGCCUUUAUCUUCUUGUACGACAAUGAAUUCCAUGGGACCAUACCCACGGAACUUGCCUUGCUUUCGAAAUUGGAACGUUUGGAGCUGACACGAAAUGACCUUACAGGAAGCCUUCCCACCCAGUUGGGAAGACUAAGUCAACUUGUGUUCUUGGGCCUGGGUGUGAAUGACCUGUCAGGACCCUUGCCCAGUGAAAUGGGAAAAUUGACCAUCUUGCGAACGAUUGGAUUGGAACGAAACCGAUUUAGCUCGACCAUUCCAAACGAAUGGGGAAAAAUGGUGGAAGCCCGAUUGCUUAAUUUGGAUCGGAACCAACUCAGUGGUACCGUCCCCUCUAGCUUGUGGCACAUGACCUUGUUGCGGGGAAUGAAUCUUAGUUUCAACCCCAAUUUGGAUGGAUUUAUACCCUAUCCACUUUGUGAACAACGACUGGCCUAUUUGCAAGCGGAUUGUGAAAAUGUGGAUUGCCCGUGUUGUACCACUUGCAAUUACUAUUGA